AUGGGCAAUUUUCAUCGGUUCCUCCUCUCCUAUGUCUUUACGUCUUCUCACACCACCUUGGAGCAGGAGGAGCAUUGUGUUAGCCUGUUCACCUCUCAGUUCCUCAGGCUUUCCUGCCUCCAGGAGCUCUAUUUGGAUGAUGUCUCCAUCCUCAAAGGCCGCUUGGACCAGAUCCUCAGCUGCCUGAAGACCCCCGUGGAGACUCUGUCCAUCACUAGCUGCAUGCUCUUAGAAAGAGACUUGAGACAUCUCUCCCAGCAUCUGAAUGUCAGCCAGCUGAAAGUCCUGAAUUUAAGGAUGCUCUGA